AUGUUUGAAAGCCGCAACGACCCUGAGAACGAUCCGACGGUCAUUUGGCUGACGUGUGGACCAGGCUGUUCUUCGAUGACAGGGCUCUUAUUCGAAAACGGCCCGUGCAAGGUGAGCGCGGAUGGAAAAUCGACAACUCCGAACCCGUAUUCGUGGACCACCAAGGCAAAUGUCAUGUGGGUUGAUCAGCCACCAGGGACAGGCUUUUCGAAGGGCUCAUCAGACUUUGGCGAGGACGGUGUCGCUGAGGACAUGUACCAACUCUUGCAGGUGUUCUUCAAAGCGAAGCCCGAGUACAACAAGAAGUUCUUCGUGACUGGUGAGAGCUACGCCAGCCAUUACAUUCCAGCCGUGACACACCGGAUCUUCGAGGGGAAUUCAAAAAACUCCAGGACGGGGACGUCAAGAUCGAUUUGA